CUUCUAUGUCUUUAAUAGGUUUUCUUACAAUCACCUUAUCCUCUCCUACGUUACGUAAUGAUCAUAUCAUUUAAAUGUGUGUUUUGUAUUUAAUUAAUACUUUCCUGAAAUGUUUUUAAUCUAAUACAUCUUACAACUAAAGAUCAUAAGUAAGAAACACGAUAAGUCACGUUUCUCGUCUUUCACAGAAUAUCAUUUUUAAGAUUCAAUAUAUUGUCGAUCAAUUUUAUAUAAAAAUUACAUUUCCAUUUAAUUUUGGGACACUAAUAUAAGAACUAAAUUAAUAUUAUUCGUUUCUUCUAAAGCGUUGUGAAUGUAUAAUCUUUGUAUUUCUAAAAUAAUCCAUUAGGUUAUUUCCUUUCUCAAUUAUUCCGUAUUAAAAUAGUUUUUUCUUAAUUACCAAAUGACAUUAAUUAGAAAAUUAAUAAGAAUCGACUUAUCAUAUUCGUACUGCGUAGUCUUCAGUUAUGUACCUUUAACAGCCCACUGUGUUGCAGACUCUCUUUUGACUUUUGUGAUAAAAACUUUCGAAGUAUCCUCUUUCGUGAUGUCUGUUACUAUAUCUGUGCCCUUUCCAUCUGCCUCUCUCUUAUAACGACGACCUACAUCUUCAAAUUCUACGUCUUUUUUCAAAUCUGCUUCCUUUGAAGGAAAAUAUUUCUUCGAAAGCCAUGGGGCUUCGGCGACUGAAAGCUUCGUCAAUUAUUUUGGAGCAGUAAGAUAAGCAAAAAUAUUUUAAACAAAGGGUAACAUAUAUGAGUUAUACUUGUUUUUUUCAAAGCAGCCUUCACCACGGGACACUGUGGCUCGCAUAUGGGCAUUUAGAUUAAUUUAAAAAAUGAUUUUAAAGACUAUAGCAGAUAGCCAAAAUUUCCAUAAUCGGACUUUCGAUCGAGAAAUCGAUCUUGUGACAGUUUGCUACCGCGUCAUUAAUGUUUAACAAAUGAUUUUCGUGUAUUCAAUUAUCCUAUAGCUUCUUUUCUGGUUUGCAACAUUCAAUGGCCGAACAGGAAAGUAUCUUUAAUGAAAAUGUGUUCGACGUCGCCAAAAGGAAAUUGCAUUCGUGAAGUGAAUAGAAUAUUGGAAGCAUCAAGUUUGGUUACUUGCGCGAUAUCAAGUACUUCGAGUUGUUGUGGUAAAGAUCUUAAGGAAGAGGAGGAAGUAAAAAGUAUCAUCCAGGAAGAGGAUGAUAUAUCGCCUUCGAAUUAUCUUGAUAAAAAUAUUUUUGGUUUGUUAAUAUCUGCAUUGGAAGAAACACUUAUCGAAGCAUCUGAACAGAACGUUCUUUGGGUCCAGAAAUGUCGUUUUAACGGUCUCGAUUAUAUCGCGGAAUUUUUAUGGAAUCGGAAUCCACGUCGUCCGAAAAUAUAUACACCGCCUUUAAAUGUAUUUGAUAUACCGCUAUUUAAAGAAUAUUUACGUUCACAUCCUAGACCUUAUUAUCCAAAAUCGUGGUUAUGGUCUGAAGAUGAAGCGGCGUUGCACAUACAAAAAUAUGUUCGCGGUUGGCUGGUGAGAAAACGUGCGAAUGUUCAAGAAAUGAGGAAAUUUUGGAAGGUUGAUAAUUAAAACAGGAAGGUGGUUCU